UUGAUGCUUUCACAUGCGCAAACAUGUCAGAAGUCUUUGCCCGAGUCAAUGAAACUGCGCGUUUUAAUUAUUCAGUUAAAGGUCAAAUAGAAGGCGUUGCAACAUUUGAAUUCAUUGGACCAAAUGGAAUUUUAGGACAAUUUUCCUACAAUACUAAGAGUGACUACCUGAGCAUCCAAAAUGGUAGAGAUGUACGGAUUGACGCGGAUUGGAAUGGAAAUAUCAAGGUUACCAAGUCGCAUAUUACUUCAAGUGAUUUAGGACUAUAUACAUUGGCGAAAGUCGGUAGAGAGUCUAGAGACUGUUCUUUUCUAUUCAUACUAGAUAGACCAACAAAACCGAACAUUAUAUCUCAGUACACAACUGUUGGAGAGAAUGGCACCUUAAUAUGUAACAGUACAUCGACUACGUAUCCUUUGAACCAUAGCCUUGGUCUCAUCUAUAAUUGGUGGGUAAAUAACGACACAAGUAUCAAAAGGAAAUUCUAUACGUACUCCGGAAACCUGCUUAUCAUAACAAAUCUAACGGAACGUGACGCUCGAUUAGAAUAUACCUGUAUUACCAGGGAGAAUAUUGCUAAUGGAUACAGCUCUGACGUCAGUGAUGAGUUUUGCUUUAACAUAACAUAUGGUCCAGACGAAAACACAACUCUCGUAUUGCCUCCUGAAUCCUUCUAUACACUUGAUGAGGGUUCUGUACUUGAGGAUAUCAGUUGUACCGGUAUUUGCUUUCCUUUGUGCUAUUACCAGUGGGUGAAAAAGAAGGAUAAUGCUUCAACUGUUUUUGUCAACAAUAGCGGAGUAUUGUCCUUAGGAGUGAUCGACAGAGCUGAGGCUGCGAAGUACAUUUGUACAGUGUCAAACCCUGAUAGCAUGAGAAACGUUAGUAAAGAAGUUACUGUCAUUGUAAGGUAUGGUCCCGACCAUGAUACGACCAUUUUGUCACCUAACAGAACAUCAUACACCCUACCAGAGGAUACUGUUUUGAACAACAUUUCUUGCUAUUGCAAGUGUAACCCUACGUGCGAAUUCAUCUGGAAGAGAGUCAGUGAUAAUCGAACGAUAGCAAGCGGUCAAGAGUUAUCACUUGGGCAUUUGACCAGGAAUAAGGCUGAUACGUAUGGAUGUACAGUCACUAACCCAGAUAAAAAUGGAGCUGUUUCAAGGGACAUCGAUAUCAGUAUUAUCUAUGGUCCAGAUCAUAACACAACAAUUUUGACCCCAUCUGCCUCAACUUAUAUUGUGAAUGAGGAUACAAUACUCAACGAUAUAAACUGUUCUGGUGACUGUCUUCCUGACUGUGACUAUCAGUGGACAAAAGUAGAGACAAUCGGUGUUGAAAUUAUUGGAAACCAGACUGGAGUUUUAUCGCUCGGAUUGAUAAAUAGAACAGCGGCUUCCAUAUACACUUGCACAGUUUCAAAUCCGGAGUUAAAUAGAACAGCGACAAAGGAAUUGACCAUUUAUGUGAGAUAUGGUCCUGAUGAAAGCGCAACAAGUUUGUCUCCUUCUACGAAAUCUUACACUGUUGAUGAGUACUCAUUGUUAAGUCCUGUAACCUGCAAAAGUGAAUGUUAUCCGGACUGCGUGUACAGGUGGACAAUGAUAGUGUCUGGAGAAAGUGAAACUGUCAACAACACCGGGGUAUUGUCACUUGGCAUUGUGGAAAGAAGUGACGCUGCAAUAUACGUUUGCACAGUUACAAAUCCUUAUAUGACACAUAGAAUUCUUACUAGGGGAAUAACUGUAAAUGUUAAAUAUGGGCCAGAUUUACCAAUAUUAAAUGUGCAAUCACCAUUCAUUAUUACCGAGGGUGAUGUAUCAGAUGAUAUUAUUUGUUCUGCGAGUUGUUACCCUGCCUGCUUCAAUAUAUGGACUAACGUGAGCAAUGGCAUAAACAUAGGGUAUGCUGGGACAUUUACUUUUGGCACUGUUACCCGAUACCAAGCUGGUGUUUAUAAAUGUACGUCCCACAAUAUAGACACGAAGAACUCAUCACAGGUCACCAUCCAAGUCGUUGUUAACUAUGUUUCUAUCAGAGUAUCAACUACAAACUUUACUGAGGGUGCCGGUGUAACUUUGUUUUGUGAAGCUGAAGGCGUUCCAUCAAAUUAUACCUACACGUAUUUCAUACAGACGUGGGAAGGAACUGAAAUACACAACGCUCAUGCUGCUUUGACUUGA